AUGGUAUCUGUUCCCCACACGGAGUCCUCUACUUAUGGUUUAGUUAUUAUCGCUGCGACGGUCGACUCGCUAUUGGUAUCUCGACUUGAAGAGGAAGGGAAGAUCAAUGUUGAUGAUAUCCGUGGUAAAUGGGAGACCUUCCGCACGGUUCUCAUCCAUAGCCCUCUACCCGGGUUCAAAUAUGGUCUCGUAAUCGUUGGUAGUGACAAGAGAGGUACUAUGUUCGGGAUCUAUACGCUCUCAGAGCAGAUUGGAAAAUCCCCCCUCCAUUGGUGGGCCGAUGUUGCUGUCACAAAGCACAACAACAUCUAUGCCCUCAACAAAACUACAACACACGGCGAGCCUAGCGUUAGGUACCGCGGUAUCUUCAUCAACGAUGAAGCACCCGCUUUGACGGGCUGGUGGGCAAAUCAUAGCAAUGUCAAUGGCUAUAUCUUCAAUGCUGAGUUCUACGAACACGUUUUCGAUCUGCUAGUCCGUCUUAAAGCCAACUUUCUGUGGCCUGCUAUGUGGGGAUCCUUUAUUCCCACUCCUGGAAGAAUCUUCUUCACGGAUGACCUGCGGAAUCAGCAGCUUGCAGAUGAUUACGGGAUUAUUGUCUCAACUAGUCACCACGAACCAAUGCAACGUGCUUCGAAUGAGUGGACGAAGGACCCCACGCAGGGCGCAUGGGACUGGGUAAACAACAAAGUGAAUGUCGUUAAGUUCAUGGAAGAAGGUGUUAGACGUGCGGGAGAUAAUGAGACGUACUUUACAUUAGGCAUGCGUGGAGAAAAUGAUAGCCCCAUCGAAGCGGAUGACCCUAUCGCCGUGCUGCGGGAUGUGUUUAGCACCCAAAGAGAUCUCCUUGCCAAGUACCAUGGAAACAAGACCUCUCUUCAGGCAUGGACCGUCUACAAAGAGGUUAUGACUUAUUACACAGCUGGUCUGGUUCCUCCCGACGAUGUGACAUUGAUAUUCGCCGAUGAUAAUUGGGGUAAUAUCCAACGGCUGCCAACAGAGGAGGAGCGACAGAGGCCUGGUGGUAUUGGUCUUUACUAUCACUUUGAGUAUGUGGGUAGACCCAAGAGCUGGAAAUGGCAGAACAACAACAAUCUGCCCAAAAUAUACAAAGAGCUCUCACAAGCAUAUGAGCGUGGAGCCGACAGAGUCUGGGUCAUCAAUGUGGGUGACAUCAAACCCAUGGAAGUUCCUCUCUCAUUCUCCCUCAACCUUGCAUGGAAUACGUCCCAGUUUGAUUUCGACACCAUUCCCUUAUACCCCAAGGCUUUGGCUGCGCGAGACUUUGGUCAGAAGUAUGCAGACCAAAUUGCAUCGGCUUUGAUGGAAUAUAGCCAUCUAGCCGAACAUGUGCUCGAUCAGUGGAGAGCGCUUGCCCAAAAGGUACAAGAAAUCCAACAGUCCUUACCCAGGGAACGCCGCGACUCUUGCUAUCAUCUCCUAACCUACCCCGCGAUGGCGGGGUUCAAUUACUACCAGACGAUCCUUGGCCAGGGCAAAAACCGCCAAUGCAGCUUUGAACGCCGCAACUCGGCCAAUUUGGUCGCAGAACAGGUCCUCAAGUAUUUCGAGGAAGAUUACGACCUGACCCUGGAGUAUGACAGCCUGGCAGACGGCAAAUGGAAGGGAAUCAUGUCGACCCCCAAGUUUGAUAUGGGUGUGGCAGACUGGCGUCCAUCGUCCCGCGACGUCGUCGCAAAUCCAUCAUACGUGCAGCUUCGUCAGGACUUCGACUACGCCUUCGGUAACCUGGGCAUCUUUGUCGAGCAGUCGCUUAGUGCAUACCGUCAGGGUCGGAUCUGCGGGUCUAUCAAUCCCUCCCUACCAACUGACGAAGGCUUUUCACCCGUGCUCCCGAUUAUGGAUCCGUAUGGUCCAAAAUCGCGCCUCAUUGAGCUCUUCCACCGUGGGGAUCGUCGCAAGCCCGUCGAAUGGUCUAUCUCAACUCACUACUCGUGGGUCCAUCUCUCGAAGACAUCAGGGGCGCUCUCGAAAGAACACCCGGAGGAACGGCUGGAAGUCUACGUUGACUGGACCGCUGUGCCAAGCAACUUUACAGAGACAAUUCAGCUGCGCGUAGAAUGGGAACCGUCUCCGCAGUAUUUUGAUCUGAUCCACAUCCCCAUCCGCAACCACCGUGUGCCACCCGACUUCAAUGGGUUCCCUGAGUCAGGCGGCUUCGUCUCAAUCGAAGGCCCGCAUUUGCAGCGCUCCUCACCGGAUGCUGUAUCUUUCAAACAAAUCAAGUAUCUAGGAUCGCGAUCUCGCUCCGGAUCCAUCGCGCUCCGGCCGUACAUGAAAGCUCGAGAGUCCGAAGAAGACACAAAAGCUGCGUGGGCUGAGUACGAUUUCUAUCUCUUCAAUUCGACUGACUCAUUCAAUGCGACUGUAUACGUCAAUGGUGCUUUAGACACGGAUCCGAACCUACCUAUGGAAUUCUCCUUAUCGGUCGAUGGCCAAGAGGCGACCUUCACGAGACUGCUGGGUGAGCCUGAAGAGGCCGGAGAUACGCCCCCUGGAUGGGCCGAGGUAGUGGCGGACCAUGUUUGGACGAGGGAUGUUGAGAUUGCAGCUCUUGAACAGGGCCCGCAUACACUUCAAUGGAGAGUGAAUUCGCCAGAGGUAUACUUAGAGAAGAUUGUUCUUGCACUGGACGGGGGGUUAGAUAGUUAUCUUGGUCCGCCGGAGACUGCCCUAGUAGGGUAA